AAAAAAGCGUUGAAAGCCGUUGGCGUAUGUUGCCGUUGGACAUUGUGACCCCACAGGCUUCAAACUUCAAAUAUCAAUGACCCGACCUGGCCAUCGGUCAUUUCGUUUCCAUUCGUUUACUUUAUUUCUCUCUCCUUAAAUAAAACCCAUCAACGUCUGGAUUUCAACCUGCUUUGUCUCGCUCGUUUUUUCUUCCUUGUCCAUUGCAUUAAUCUUCUUGUUCUACUCCAGUCAAUAAUUUCCGUUGUCGUUUCCGUGAAGAAUUUGGUUGUUCUCAAGGCUCCAUGGAUGAAACGCAGGCAGUUUGUGGAGCAGAUGGGUGUGUGGGGCCUGGCGUAGAGAGCUGCCAAAGAUCGGAUUUUGCGAAAAUGGAGACAAAAUCAGACGUGGGUUAUGGGAAGGAGAUCAAUCUGAGAGCCGAGAUCGACACGUCGGCCCCCUUCGAAUCUGUUAAGGAAGCUGUCUGUCGUUUCGGUGGAGUCGGCUACUGGAAACCCUCCAACAAGCCCUUCGAAAACGAGCGACAUGAAGUUGAAGAAAUUAGCUUCGAAAAGCUGGAGGAGCAGGCAUGUGAGCUGGAAAAUGAUCUGAUUUUGAAGCAGAGGGAAACUCUGCAUAUUUUACAAGAACUUGAAUCGACCAGAUCGUUUGUUGAGGAUUUGAAAGAGAAGCUGUGGAAGGGAACAUCUCAAGUAAGUAUUAAAAACACGGAUUCUGCAGCCGAAGAAGAAGACGAUAAGGAAAACAAUGGCUAUCCCAAGAUUCAAAGCCUGAAAUUUGUGGAAAGUUUCAAGCAGGCACAGCGGAAUCUGAACAGAACCACUAAAGGGAUUGCUGAGAUUCGAGCUUCAAUGGAGGUAUUUAACAAGAAAUUAGAGAGAGAGAGGCUGUCGCUGGAGAGAACUCGGGAGAGACUGAAGCAGAAUUCUUUGAAAAUGUCAUUAGUUGAGGAACAACUGAAUCAAACAAGGCAGAAGCUUCUUCAAGUUGCAGGGGAUUCUAGCAAUGAUGAACAGGGUUCUGAAAUUCUCAAGGAGCUGCAGAUUUUGAAUUCCGAGGCAGAGAAGUUUAAACAAAUGGGGGAAGCUGCAAAAUCGGAAAUCCUGAGGACGAUAUCGAAGAUCGAAAGAAGAAAGGCCAAGAUAAGAACGGCUGAAAUUAGAUUGGCAGCAGCUGCAAAAAUGAAGGAGGCAGCAAAAGUAGCUGAAGCUGUUACAUUGGAAGAUGUCAAGGUCUUAACGAACCAAGAGAUUCAAUCUGGAGGAGAAUUCAAGCAAGUUGAGAAGGGAAACGAGUCAAAAAUGAAACUGUUGAAACAGGUGAAAGAAGCAACGGAAGAAAUCAAGAGCACAAAACUUGCAUUGGAAGAGGCUCUGAACAGUAUGGAGGCUGCAAAGAGGGAAGAGAUUGCAGUAAAAGAAGCAGUGGAGAAAUGGGGAUGGGAGCGUGAUAAGAAGAUGGAGUACUGUCCAAUUGCUGUGACUGUCAAUGGACCAAGGAUGCUCGUCCAUGAAUCCACCACCACGCCAGUUCUGAAGCCAACUCUAUCAAUAGGACAGAUACUGAGCAGGAAGCUGUUUCUGCAAGAAGAAUUGAAGUCGGGGAUGGUGGCGGAGAGGGGGUUCUUGAAGCGAAAGGUGUCGCUGGCGCAGAUGCUCGGGAAGCAAAAUCACGAUAUGCCGAAUUGCAGGAGGGUUGAACGAGAAAGCGAUCAGAAACAGUCAAAUAGGAAGCGAAAGAAAUCGGGAUUUGCUGCUCGGUUCCCUUUAUUCUUAGCAAAGCAGAACAAUAAUAAUCAGAAGAGGAAGAAGCCAACCCCUAACCUCAAAUGAUGCUGUGUGUAAACUAUGUAAUUAGGAUUUGUGAUUCUACUGCUUUGGAAUUGAUUGUGUAUUUCCUCCAAAUUCUUUUGUUUUUACGAUUAGUGUGACGCUUGUUCUAAAGAUUUGAUUGAUGAUAUAACUCUUUACCCACUCUCUCCACGCUGCUUCAGGGGGAUUGAUCAAACUAUUCGGGGAAAAGCUAGCAGUAACCAAAUAAAGUCCAAUGUCUAGCCCUCAUUGUUUGCUCUCCAAAGUUACAACAUUCAUUUUUGUUGCGCAUUCAUGGUACAAGUUUUGGAUCAAAAUACAAGUUCAAUUGUUAUAAGCA